AUGCAAUUAGUGGUUUCUUUGAUCUAUGCCGAUCAGGGCCGAUUGCGCCCCGUCCAGAUUUUCCGACUCUCAGUGUAUCUUCCGGUAUCGUCAGGUCUCUUCCUUUCUUCUCUUGUGAUCGGUAAUGCGUUGAACAAUGAGAAAAUCACCAGAGAUAUCGAUAGAGAGAAAUGUAGCCGUCCUUAUCAUAUUUAUCCGUUUCAUCCGCUUCACAGCUUCAGCGUAAAAGCUAAGUUACCUUCAUUUCAUUUUUGA